AAAAGAGUCGUAGCGGUGGUGACGUGUCGUGUCGGACUACAAAUUGGGCGGAGGGAGGUCGGUUUGUUGCAGAGGGAGGCAUCUAAUCCUGGAAGUUUCAAUCUCAAAAAACAAAACCACCAGAAUUGGAACAAUUGACUCACUGUGCUGCUUUAAGAGAAGCAAAUGUCGACCUUGAGCGUUCCGCCAGUCCCUACCUCUCCUAGAGACGAUGCUAUUCAGCUUUACCGUGCUUUCAAGGGGCUAGGAUGUGAUACUGCAGCAGUUGUCAAUAUUCUUGCCCAUAGGGAUGCAAUGCAGCGUUCUCUCAUUCAACAAGAGUAUAGAACUAUGUAUUCUGAUGACCUUUCCAAACGCCUGGCUUCGGAGCUCAGUGGAAAAUUAGAGACUGCUGUCUUGCUAUGGAUGCAUGAUCCUGCAGGACGUGAUGCAAUAGUCAUUAGGCAGGCCCUUUUGGCAGAUGUAACAAACCUUAAUGGUGCCACUGAAGUUAUAUGUUCUCGCACCCCAUCCCAGAUUCAAUUAAUUAAACAAAAUUACCAUUCAAAGUUUGGGGUUUUUCUCGAGCAAGAUAUUGAAGGACACACCUCCGGUGAUCAUAAAAAUCUUUUGCUUGCAUAUGUAAGCACCUUCCGUUAUGAAGGUCUUGAAGUUGAUAGAGAGAUGGCUCUGAAGGAUGCAAAGGCCCUUUAUAAAGCAGGGGAGAAGAAAUUGGGAACUGAUGAGAAAACUUUUAUCCGCAUAUUUAGUGAAAGAAGUAGGGCACAGCUUGGAGCUAUUAGUCCUGCUUAUCAUGACAUGUAUGGGGGCUCCCUAAAAAAGGCAGUGAAGAGUGAAACAUCUGGGAAGUUUGAGCAUGGUCUCUUGACAAUUUUAAAAUGCUCAGAGAAUCCUGCAAAGUACUUUGCUAAGGUACUGCAUAAGGCAAUGAAAGGUCUGGGAACUGAUGACACUACACUGAUUAGGGUCAUUGUGACGAGGACUGAGAUAGAUAUGCAGUAUACAAAAGCUGAGUACCUGAGAAAAUAUAAAAAGACCUUGAAUGAUGCAGUUCACUCAGAAACAUCAGGCCACUACAGGACCUUUCUUCUCUCUCUUUUGGGACCGAACCAUUAGCAUAAAGCACGUAAAUAAUGGGUUGCAUAAAGUAAGAGGUACAUGCUAUUUAGAAGUUAAACUGUGUGUAAGCAAUGGAACCGAAAGGUCAAUUCGUGUGAAUUAUGUUUCAGUGGAUCCACUUCCUUUUGUAACGCUUGAUGUAUUUGUUAAAUAUUGGUAAGAUGGGAAGUGAUUGCAGACUCUAUUAGGUGAUGACCCACCAUGUAUGGGCCUUGGGCAAAUGAACUGCUGCCUCUGUCUAUGCUUAUAGGCCUAUCUGGUUUAAUGAUAGCUUGUCUUGGAGGGUUUUUUCUCUAAGGUGAAUCUGUAUGUACGUCACGUGCCAGACUGGUUCAGUGAUGUCCGUACUGGAAUUCAGCAUCUAUGAAUUUGUUAUUUAUUAUUACCA